UUCCGGUCGGAACUUCCGCCUUUCCUGGACUGUAUCUGAGAGCUUGCAGCUUGCUAAACCGGUAGAAAUGGACUCAGAAAACAAGGAAGAAAUUCCUGUGCAUGAGGAAUUCAUUUUAUGUGGUGGAGUUGAAACCCAUGUUAUAAAAUGUGGACCCUGGACUGACCUCAUAAAUGAUCAAAGUGGCAACCGGCCUAAGCUGCUUAUUUUUUUUAUUGCUGGUAAUCCAGGUUUUAGUUCCCUUUAUACACCAUUUAUGAAGGCCUUGUACUCUUCAACAAACAAACGUUUUCCAGUUUGGACUAUCAGUCAUGCUGGGCAUAUCGUGGCCCCCAAAGACAAGAAUCUUACAGCCUCAGAUGAGUCAAAUGCUCAAGAAAUCAAGGACAUCUAUGGACUCCGUGGGCAAAUAGAACAUAAACUGGCUUUCCUGAGAGCUCAUGUGCCAAAAGAUAUGAAACUUGUGGUCAUAAGCCAUUCAAUAGGCUGUUAUAUGACCCUUCAGAUUUUGAAGAUUGCUCCUGAGCUCCAAAUAAUUCGCGCCUUUCUGCUCUUUCCAACAAUUGAGCGCAUGUCUGAAUCCCCCAGUGGAAAGAUCGUCACUCCGCUUCUUCGUUGGUUUCGUUAUGCUCUCUACGCUACUGGCUACAUAUUACUGAAACCCUGCCCUGCAUUCAUCAAGUCCUUAUUGAUUAAAACAUACUUUUGGUUCACGAAUGUGGAGAAUGAACAGAUCGAAACAUAUUUUCUUGAGCCAUUCUGCCUUGGUUCUUCAGACCCGGACUUGAGCCUGUGUGUGGCCUCCUCGCCCCGCAGCCCUUCGCCAUAG